AUGCCUUUGCAUCAAGCAGCCGUGACAGGGCAAAGCGCCAUGUGCGAGCUUCUCCUCGAUCGCGGAGCCCAAGUCGAUUGCGUUGACGACGACUUGAACACCCCAUUACAUUACUGCGCCGCAGCCGGCUCGGUGUCCUCUGUCAAAGUCCUCCUCCGCAACGGAGCGGACAUCGAAGCGAGACAAAUCCAUGGCUUGACGCCUGUCUCUUGGGCGAGUCACAAGGGCCACACUGAGGUGCUUGAGCUUCUGCUAGGCUAUGGUGCUCGUCUGGACUGUAAAGCUGACGGUGGUGCCACGCCGUUGCACCUCGCUGCGAACCGUGGGCAUACUGCUGCUGUGCGGUUACUGUUAGAGAAGGGCGCGAGUCGAAAGGCCGGACGUGCGAGUUGGGACGGAGUGGUCGGCACGCCGGCUGAAAUGGCUAAGGCGAAGGGCCAUGCUAGGCUUGCGAGGCUUUUGCAGAGGUGA